AGUUGUGCAAAACAGCUAGUUGUGUAAACAGCCGGAAAUAUUGGGUUUGUACUGUUCCUAUUUAUGGCUUAUUGUGUUUUAGUACACUUCCUGUUGGAUAUGAUGAUCGUAAAGUAAAAGUAGAAAAAACUGAAAACUCAAUAGUCUGUAUCUUCAUGAUCCCGAGACCAAAUCAGUCACCACAGUAUCAAUUGUCGGCAUGCUGGAGAACGUUUUACUUAAAUAGAAAAUUCAGAAUGAAGUAUGUGUUUUUCUGUGGAGUUGUCAUAGGAGUUCUAGUAUGGUUCAGUAAAAUUUCUGACUCAACAAAAACAGACUUUACACACCUGCUCAAUGGCACAAGACACGGUGAAAUAUACGACGAAAUCCUCGCCCUGAAGGAGCGCAUCAAUCAGCUAGAGAAACAAAACAAGAUUUAUCCAGAUGUGAAGUUUCUGAAUUAUAAAGACAGAAAAAGAAUCUUGAUCUCAGGAGGAGCAGGUUUUGUGGGUUCACAUCUUGUAGACAGAUUGAUGUUAGAAGGUCAUGAGGUCACAGUGGUGGAUAAUUUCUUCACUGGACGGAAACGGAAUGUGGAGCACUGGAUUGGACAUGAAAACUUCGAGUUAAUAAACCAUGACAUCGUACAUCCGCUGUUUAUAGAAGUGGACCAGAUUUAUCAUCUUGCGUCCCCAGCCUCCCCUCCUAACUAUAUGUAUAACCCGGUGAAAACCAUCAAAACAAACACGAUCGGCACCAACAACAUGCUGGGUCUGACUAAGAGAGUGAGAGGGAGGCUUCUGUUGGCCUCGACAUCAGAGGUUUACGGGGACCCCGAGGUACAUCCGCAGCCGGAGGAAUACUGGGGACAUGUGAAUCCUAUUGGUCCCAGAGCCUGCUAUGACGAGGGCAAGAGAGUGGCAGAAACCAUGUGCUAUGCUUAUGCAAAACAGGAUGGAGUACAAGUGAGAGUGGCCAGAAUUUUUAACACGUUCGGUCCACGAAUGCACAUGAAUGACGGGAGAGUAGUCAGCAACUUCAUUCUUCAGGCUCUACAAGGACAAAACAUCACGGUGUAUGGGUCAGGGGAUCAAACCCGGUCCUUUCAGUACGUGUCGGACCUGGUGGACGGCCUCAUCAGGCUGAUGAAUUCCAACUACUCCCAACCUAUCAACUUAGGAAACCCAGAGGAACAUACCAUGAUGGACUUCGCGACUAUCAUUAAGGACUUAGUCGGUGGAUCCAGCAAAAUUGUUCAUAAACCAGCUAUGCAAGAUGACCCUAAAAAAAGAAAACCUGACAUUACUAAAGCAAAGAAGUAUUUAGCCUGGUCACCACAGGUACCAAUGAUAGAAGGGAUAAAAAAAACCAUUGAGUAUUUUAGAAAUGAAUUGAAACGAACCCGACACAGUCAAAGAAAUUUACAUGUUCCAAAUUGAUUUCAUUAGGACAUGAAUGUUUUUAUUUUAAAAUUUACAAUUGUUACUAAAUACUUUUAAAGAUGAUUAUAUUGCUUUUGUAGAAAUGCUUUCAAACGAUUUCAUUUGUUUAUUUUUUGUAUCUUUAUCAGCCUUUAUUUUUCAAGGUUGAACUCUAAUUUUAGAAAUUUGAAAAUUCAUAUCUGUGCUGUUGCUGUUCAUUAAUUCCUCGCGUUCAUUGUAUAUAUAGGAAUUUACAGUGACUGAGAGCAGACUACAUUAACUGAUCUAGCAUUUGCAUCCAACAGUUUACGCCAAUAUGUCACAAUAACAUUGCAUGUCUUUCAAAUUGUUAUUUAUUUUUCCUUGGCUAAUGGCUGCUGGACACAAUGGUGUACAUUUAUUAAUUUAAGCUGAUCAUGUUCUUAGUAUUACGUGUAGAUGAUGUAUAUUUAUAUUAUUAGUAAGUGUGAUGAAUUAUUUGUAUCAGGAUUUUUUUAUUACACUGUGACAGUAAAUAUUUUCUGUUUUAAAAUGAUGACUAUAGUCUCUCUGUUUACACAACAACCGUUCGUAGAUAUGUAUCUGCUGUGGGUAUAUUUCUAGUAGAUUUUUAUCUGCUCUGGGUAUAUAUUUCAUGUAGAUAUAUAUAUAUAUGCUCUGGGUAUAUUUCUAGUAGAUUUGUAUCUGCUCUGGGUAUAUUUCUAAAACAUCAGCAUAGAUACAUGUAAGCUAUUUUAAUUGUGUUGUAAGAAUUCCCUGACUCUUGCGACAGAAAUUCUGCUAUGCCCUGUCAACAUUGUGGUAUUUGUACAGUGUACAGAGGACUUGUUAGAUCAGACAUUCCAUUUUUUUUGUCAUUUGUUGAGUCACUUGUGUUCUGAUUUUAUUGUAGUAGAUUGUAGACAAUCUCCAUCAGCUGUACACACAUUCACUAAGACUUGUUCUGUAACAUCUGCCACUGUUCACAAAUGUCCAUUUACAUGUACUGAUGUAUAGAGUCCUACUUGUUCAAUUAAUCAGGGAUAUUAUUGAUCAUUACAUUGUAUAAUUAAGAUCAUUUAACUGAGCCAUUAAGGCAGCGUUUCUGGCUUACAAUAGAAAUCUAGCGAUUGUUGUGGGAAUCUUCUGCCUAGGAGGAGUACCUGUAAGCAUCCCCUGUCGACCGGUCACAUCCAACAGCAGUGAUGAUUAAAGUUUGUGAAAGUAAUGUAAAAACACACAGUGACAUGUUGUGUUUGUAGUGUUACAAUGCUUUGAACAUAUUUUGUUUUAUAUAUAUUUACAAAAAGUUUGGAACACAAGUUCUAACAACUUAGGAGUAGUCCAAUAGCAUGACCUGGCUUAUUGCUGAGCAGCUAACUGAUCCAGUAAGGUUCUAUGAGCAAGGUGACUCGGGUAUUACUCAAAUUUUUACGGCUGAAAUAAAAGAAAACGCAGACUUAAAUUUGAGAUUUUUUUUAAUAGAAAUUCCACAAGCCUGUGCUUUUAGUUUCCCUUCUUAAUCAUUCAUGCUUUCUUAUAUACAAGAAGGAUCUGAAUGUACUGGUAUAAUCAAGUCCUGUGUGGUUUAUUCCAUGAAUUGUCUUGUUUACACGUAAACGAAAUCCGCUAGUCAUUUCAUAACCAGUGAAAUCUAAUAGAAAUCUGACAUCAAAGGCAAGAAUACUCGAAUUAUUAGUUUCUCAACAGUUUGAUGUGCUAUGAUAUAUAGCCAUUUUUUUUUUUUUUUUUAUAUCUUUCCAGUAAUUUGUACUUUUUUUUUUUAUUUAUUGUUCCUAGAGAACUUUUAGGUCAUUUUUCUGUCACUUGCUUUUACAACAAAUACAGUGUGGCUUGUUUCACAUCAGCUUUCCUGAAUUUAUGUAAAUAGCAUUAAGAAUUUACAAUUGUAUAGUGCGUAUACAUCCUGUGAAUGAAAAGUAUAAGUAAGAUAUUAAUGUACGUAAUAAAAUUAUUGGAAUUGGAA